CUUCUGCAUAGUCACCCACAAGCUUUCUAACCGCAGUUCUCCCACAUCUUUCACACAAGCUUCACCAUCGAUAAGUUCGCCUGGCAACCUGGUCUUCUCCGGAAUCAUCUGCAACCUGUCUCGAUCGUAAUUGCUCCCCUUGGCCCGACCGUUCAGAGCUCCUUCCGCCCAUCGCUUCAAAUGUGGCAUAACUCGCGACCAUGAUCUUACGAUGGCUAUGGCUGAGCUGCCUUGGACUUGCAAUCCUAACGCAGCCUGCCGCUACGAAAAAGUCAAACAAACCCAAGAUCACCGCGACCGAGCUUGACCAUCAGCCUGCGUCCUUGUUCUAUUUCGAAGACACCGAGACGGCCCUAUUGAAUACGCUAGAUGGCAAUUUGCUCCAGACUGUCGAUGGUGGCGAGAAAUGGGAAAUAGUAAAGGGGGACAAUGGCGAAAUGGAACGCAGCGUUGUUCUCAUUCGACAACACCCAUUCGAUAAGAACAAGGCCUACGCGAUAAGUGCGAGUAAACGCCAUUGGGUCACAACCGAUCAGGCUAAAAGUUGGACCUCAUUCGAAGCCGAAGGGAUCGCCGCCGUGAACCAUUAUCCCCUUGUAUUCCAUGGCCGAGACACAAGCAAAGUAAUAUUCCAAACUGAAGAGUGCGCCGGACGAUACUGCAUAGUGAAGUCCUAUUAUACCACGGACGACUUCGCCUCAGUUAAGCCUCUGCGGGAAAGUAUCGGCGGGUGUGCCUGGGCGAUAGGACAUCCCCAGUUCGCCGAAAACUUGGAUAUAGCACAUGAGAUCGAGAACCGAUCGCUUUGUGUCGUGCCGGGGUUGAAAGUGCCCUUCUCACACGCCAACAGACUUAUAUACUCGGACGAUUACUUCGGCAGCGAUAUCGAAGGCACUGAGGUUAAGCUGCAGGAAGGACGACCUGUCCUGGGCGUCAUCAGCACCGCAGCGGUGAAAAAGUUCAUUGUCGCGGCCGUCAAAUCUAAGGGAACCGAGGAACUCGCCUUGUACACAACUAUCGAUAGUAAAGUUUGGCAUCGUGCAGAGUUCAACGGUCAUCGCAUCGAAGAAGAUGCCUACACGAUGUUAGAAAGCACUAAUUAUAGCCUUCAGGUGGAUGUUUUGACCAACCCCAUGCAGGGCAUGGGCGUACUUUUUACCUCCAAUUCGGAAGGAACCUAUUUUACCCGCAAUAUCGAGCAUACGAACCGUGACUCGGGAGGUACGGUUGACUUUGAGAAAAUUGCCAAUAUUCAAGGUAUCGUGCUAGUGAACGUCGUGAAGAACCCGGAAGAGGUCGAAUCUGCUUCCGACAAGAAACUUGCUAGUAAGAUUAGUUUCGAUGACGGAAGGACGUUUGGCCCUCUUAAAGUUGAAGACAAAGACCUGCAUCUCCAUUCUGUGACCGCCUAUGCGAACAUUGGCCGUGUUUUUUCCAGCCCAGCCCCUGGCCUGGUUAUGGGUAUUGGCAAUACUGGUUCUCACCUCGGCGAGUAUACUAAAGGGGACCUUUACGUUUCGGAUGAUGCUGGUGUGACGUGGCGGUUUGCACUGGAAGGCCCACAUAAGUACGAAUUUGGAGAUCAGGGUGCUGUUGUAAUGGCCGUUGGUGAAGACAAAUCAGCCAAGAAAAUCCGGUUCUCGAUCGACCAUGGAAAGGAGUGGGAGUCGGUUGAACUCGAACAUGAAAUCUACCCUGAAAUGGUCACGACAACCCCAGAUUCGACAAGCCUCAAAUUCAUUCUUGUCGGCACCUCAAACGAGAAGGAGCACAAGAAAAGGAAACAUGUCAUCUACUCGAUCGAUUUCAGCGGAUUGCAUGAAAGGAAAUGCGACAAAGAUGAUUUUGAAGAAUGGACGGCUAGAUUGGAUGAGAACGGGGAGCCCGAUUGUCUCAUGGGUCAGAAGCAGUUUUUCAGGCGACGCAAGGCCAAUGCAGACUGCUUUGUGGAUGAAAAGUUCAAAGACCCCGAGCCUAUAUUCAAGCCAUGCAAGUGCACCGCCAGUGACUUCGAAUGUGAAAUCAAGCCCAGCAAGAAUGGCCAGGGCUGUUUCCUCCCCAAGUCAUCAAAGGUUCCGGAAGGCAAAUGUCAGGAGCCAGGCGAUACGUUUCUGGGGCCAUCCGGCUGGAGACUUAUCCCUGGAAAUGCUUGUGUUCGAGAUGGCGGCGAGAACUUGGACAAGGAUAUUGAACGGCCUUGUAAUGAAACGCAUAGCGCUCCGACGGGCGGCAUCCUGGCAACCAAGAAGGAAUUUGACACAGGACAAUUUGCAUAUUAUUAUAUGGAACGUCAGUCAAGCAGCUCUGGAGAUGAUGAGACUGUCCUCGUACUUACCAGUGAUCACGAACUUUACGUUUCGCAUGACCAUGGCAAGAACUGGGAGCGAGCCCUAGAGGGAAAGAAGAUCACGAGAGUCAUUCUUCAUCCUUACAACAGCGAUGCGGCCUUCUUUCUCAGCGAGGGUGCGGAUGGCUUUUGGACCGUAGAUCGCGGGCACUCCUUCAAGCCUUUCAAAGCAGCAGCUCCGCCGACUCAAGAGCGCUUCAUCUCCCCACUUUCAUUUCAUCCUCGAUACAAAGAUUGGUUGAUUUGGACAGGUGCAGUGGAUUGCGGCUCUGGUGAUUGCCAUUCUGAUGCUUGGUUCAGCGAAAAUCGGGGUGGUGAAUGGAAACUUCUUCUCCGUUAUGUUCAGAAGUGCGAAUUUGAAAACAGAGAAGGCCGCCCAGAAAGCGAAAACCUCAUCUUCUGUGAACAGUACGAAAAUGAGAACAAGAAGAACCGACUUCGGCUCUUAUCCACAACCAACCAAUUUUCCGACUAUACCGUCCAAGUCGAGGAUGUCAUCAACUACGCCACCAUGUCUGAAUUUAUCGUGGUAGCAUCGCGGAACUCGGAGAACGCAGAGUCUCUAGUGGCAAGCGUUAGUGUGGACGGGAAAACCUUUGCGAAAGCACAGUUCCCUCCCAACGUCCAAGUGCCGGUUCAGACUGCCUAUACUGUCCUUGAGAGCUCCACGCACGCGGUCUUCCUGCACGUCACGGCCAGCAACAUAGAAGGGGCAGAGUACGGGCCCAUGAUCAAGAGCAAUAGCAAUGGCACCUUCUAUGUACUGAGCUUAAGUGGAGUGAACCGGAACCACGAAGGCUUUGCGGACUUCGAAAAGAUGCAAGGCUUGGAAGGGGUGGCAGUCGUGAACGUGGUUAGCAACGUCGAUGCGGUAUCCAAGAAUGCCGAAAAGAAGAAGCUGAAGACGAUGAUAACCCAUAACGAUGGAGCACAAUGGAUGCUGCUUCCUCCUCCAUCCAAAGAUGCAGACGGCAAGAACUUUGGCUGUGCUGUUUCGACUGGAAAAGGCACCAAUGACUGUUCACUCCACCUUCAUGGCUAUACUGAGCGAAGAGAUGAACGUGACACAUUCUCGUCCGGUUCUGCAAUAGGCCUUAUGAUGGGGGUAGGUAACGUGGGUGAUCAUUUGACUGGCGGUGACGAAGUCGAUACUUUCAUGACAAGUGAUGGGGGGAUUUCCUGGAGGUCCGUGAAGAAAGGGAGGUAUAUGUGGGAAUAUGGUGACUCUGGCUCAGUGAUUGUAAUUGUCCCGGAGUCCAGACCAACCAAGUCACUUUUCUACAGCGUCGAUGAAGGUGAUAAUUGGGAGGAAUUCGUUUUUGCGGACGUGGACGUGCAGAUUGACGAUAUCUCAACUGUGCCUUCGGACACGUCAAAGAAUUUCCUUCUUUGGGGUAGAACCUUGCAGGACCAGUCACAUAGCAAGCUGCUCACGAUCAACAUCGAUUUCAGUGCCCUGCGCUCCAGAGCAUGCAAAUUGGACGAGAAUCAGGAUGAGAGUGAAGACUACUCUAUCUGGGAGCCCAAGCACCCUUUCCAGGAGAAAAAUUGCAUAUUCGGCCAUGUUGAGCAGUACCAUCGCAAGAAACACUCGGCUCAAUGCUGGAAUAACUGGCGCGAGCCUCACGUUCACCGGAUCGGCAUGAACUGUCCGUGCACUAGAGAAUCUGAUUACGAAUGUGACUAUAAUUAUGAACCCCAGACCGAUGGCACAUGUGCCCUUGUCCCUGGACUCUCGAAACCGGACGCGAUGGCUGUCUGUAAGAAUGACCCUGAUAUGAUUGAAUACUGGGAGCCUACUGGGUAUCGGCGUAUCCCCCAAACGACCUGUGAGGGUGGCAGGAAUCUAGAUCAUGUCGUUUCGAAACCCUGUCCCAACAAGGAGGAAGAGUACGAGAAAAAGCAUGGCAUCAGCGGAGUUGGUUUAUUCUUUGCGAUAAUUACCCCCAUCGCAGUCGCGGGUGCAGUUGGAUAUUACGUGUAUACCAGGUGGGAUGGCAAGUUCGGUCAGAUUCGCCUCGGGGAAACUGGCGGCACUGCCCAAAGUCUAUUAUCGCGAGACUCUCUCCUGGUCACCGUGCCAAUCGCGGUUAUUGCAGGGGUGGUUGCCGUCGCAAGAGCUCUUCCGCUGCUUGCCGUGAGCUUGUGGCGGAGCGUGAGUGGACGCAUAGGACUUGGCAGAGCCAGAGGCUAUUCCAGGCCAUAUGCAUCCCGUGGUUCGUUCGCCGCUCGUCGAGGCGACUACACCAGUGUUGUCGAUGAUGAAGAUGAGCUUCUCGGUGUCGAAGAUGCCGAUGAGGAUGAUGAGUCCGUGCACUGAUCACGUUGUACUCCCCACGGCUCCUUUCUUUUACGCAUUCCCAUUAAGUCUACGAUUUAACAUGUUGAGGAUUUUACGAGGAUAAUCACAUUUUGUAUACUGUUGCACGCCGCUUGCAAUCACUGUCGGGUUAGUUACCAGCUAGUCUCUCCUUUGCUUUUCUUUUUUUUCCCUUUUUCGUGUUUUGGGCAGCGGAGGCACAAUUUGUUAGACAGGUAGAAAAUGAGAUAGCUUGAUAACCAUAUUCUGUUUGGUUUGAAUGUAACAACAGUGGAUUAUUAGGCCCAAAAAAUUCUCGAGCUAACACCUUGUAAAUCUGGGAGUCAUUGGAGGAAAACGAGUGCGCCUGGCUUGUUCGGAUGUGAGGGGCUCUGUUCCUUAUAUCAAUCAUUGCCGCAGAUGCUGUACAAAACGAGCUUGUGCUGGGACACUCAAACAUCCGCUCCCCUUUACAACCUAUCUGUUAGGUAACAUAGCCUGGAGCGGCUUUCCUCUAGAGUGGUUAUCCCGGGAGAGAGAGCUUCCUCACAAUGAGGUUGGCUAUUGCGUUUCUUUACCGGGAAAGUCGCCGGGUCCAAAGGAUCUGGGAAGGAGCUGCAAAGAAACAUCAACUCCAGUUAGCGCCCCAAGUCCUGUCUGAAAGAGGUGGUCUAAAUGAUGAAGAAAGCUUCCUACCUCGUUCAUUGUCGUAACAUCAUGGUUGCCCUUUCCAUCGUACAUAUAGAUCGGGAAAGAAGGGCCAGUGAACUCGCUCAUGCUGAUCAUAGGAUCCCAAAUAGAUUAGCCACGCCAAGGACCAAGCCCUCAAUUGAAAAAAGAGAAACACUAGAGGAGAGGGGAAGAACAUUCGGGAACAAGGCCGACAAUAUUACAUACAAUUGUCUGCACAUGCCGCACGGGGAUGCUGCAGUCUUUGUAUCCGUCGCAACGGCAAUGGCUUUGAAAGCCCGAUGACCGGCAACCUGUACACACAAGUUAGUAUCCGGGAUAAGGAGACAAAAAUCAUAAGCCUGGAAUCGCGCUUGCUGCUUACAACGGCCGUUCCAAACGCUACUCGUUCGGCACAUGUGCCCACGGGAUAUGCGGCAUUUUCGACAUUAGCACCCGAAAUGUACUCGCCUGACUGGGUCAGGAUGCAUGCUCCCACGCGAAAUUGGGAAUAAGGGCCUGCGGGGAGGAUUAGCGACUGUGCCGUUGCUUUAUGCAGCCCAUGGUAACUCACAGUACGCGGUGGCUUUGGCCGCAAUAGCUUUCGACGAUAGAGUCUGCAGCUCCUCUGCAGAAAGGAUCGGAGCACCAGAAGCCAUUCUUACUACUGGAUAACUGGUUGGCGUGAGGAUAGAAGACAAAACGGAAGAUUCGAAAGCGUGGGAAUGGAGUUGGAAGGAGGG